AUGCCACAAUCCUGGAACUACGUAUUUUCUGGCCUUUCUCAGUACUACACAUCUUCUGAGAUCAAAUGUCAUCUGAAGGAAGAAUAUGCCAUACGACAGAACCAGCAAUCGACAGUGAGAGCAUACAAUGCCAAGCAGCAGUCCGGCAAGCGAUCGAAGAAGGAAUACAAACCAGGUGACCCCUUCUGCAAGAAUUGCGAACGGCCCAGUCACUACAUCAAGGACUGUUGGUCGAAAGGGGGUGGAGCUGAGGGGAAGGGACCACGUAGUAAGAAGAAGGAGAAGAAGGAUUCGGAGAAACAGGAUGCGAAGGGGAAGGAGCGAGUGAAUGAGGUGAAAGAAGACUCCGACCAUCUCUCGUGCAUGGCGGCACCCGGCUCAUCCUCCUGA